ACAUCAUCCACGGUGUUCCAAUUAUAUCAACGGUCUGGAUUACCGAAACAAUGGGAUUCACUUGUAUAAAAACAGAUGCUUCAGGACCUUGUAAUUCCUCCCAGCAAAAGAAAGCAGAAAAGCAAUUUGACAGGCUCAUCUGUGUUCCUCACUGGAGAAAGGAGCUUGCAGCAAUGGGUGUCGCUGAGGUUGUGGGGUCCAUGCAGAAUCCGUCUCUUUCCUUGCCUUUGUCAGGAUCACAUAACAUUAAUCAAGGAUUGACCACAGGAGUAUCCGAACCCAACUCAAAGCCCAAGAAGAUCUGCUGCGCUUGUCCUAACACUAAGAGACUGCGAGAUGAAUGCAUUGUGGAGCACGGCGAGGCUGCUUGCGCAAAAUGGAUUGAAGCUCAUCUUCAGUGCCUUCGUUCGGAGGGAUUCAAGGUUUGAAGCUGAAGAUAUGUUGUUCUUCAGGAUCAAGAAUAGUAGGGACAGUUUUGUGAUUUUGGUGAUUUCAUGGAAGCGUCGAGUAGUUGAAAAAAUAAUAAUCCACUUUACAUUCUUCUUCAACAUGUCAGUAGAAAAUCGCUUUGCUUAAAAGAGUGAAUGAAGAGGGUCUCCUUUCUUGAGUGUUAUUUCAAUUUUUCCUUUUCUCAUUUUUGUUUUGUGAUUCUUUUAUUGAAAUGCCUACAACAAAUUCGAUAAGAAUAAAAUGCUAGGCUUGAGUUUGUAAAAUGUCAAAUAACUUUUGAUUAUCCAAUAUCUAAUUUUUCAUUUGUGAUUCAUCACAGAAUUA